AUUGUAUUUAUGAGUAUAUGUGUAUGAGAUUGUACUGUCUAUUCUGUAAUAUUAAUAAGGUAUAUGUCUGUGACUGAACAGUACCCUUCCCAAACACACAACGGGUUGCCUUCGAAUGAUGUUAACGGCGUUCGCAGUUUCAUAUUUAAACAAAUGUAUACCAUCUAUAGUAAAUUUGAUUCAUUUUAAGUCAAAUAUGUUUACUUACUUUGGCAUUGCUGUGUUGCUGCUUACAAAAGACAAAUACGCAAUGAUAUGAAAUUAAGCUACCGAUGUUUUGCAAAACAUCGAUGCAUCACUGAACAUCGGUAUCAGCAAAAACAUCGGAAAAUAUCAGUAAACAUCGGCAGAAAAACAUCGAUGCUCGAUGCCUCGAUGUUUUUUUACAUCACUAGUAUACAUACAUACACAAGAUACUCAUCAGGGUUUCAUUGUAAAAAAAAUAAACAACUGCUGAAUAAUAAAGAAUAAUAAUAAAUAAUCAAGAAUAAAAAUAAGAAAAAACAAUGUCCAGCUACUACAGCCUCUACACACGUGACAACUAUGACGACGAGUCCAUUGGAGACGAGCGAAGUGAAGAAGAUACGGACGACGCGAGUGAAACAGAGUUCCGGAGUCCCAACCGAUACGGUGGCACUAACGGCACAUCAAACAACAUCACAAACAACAACAUUGGCAGCAACAGCGAGCUCAAAGAGCAAAUGUACCAGCACAAGCUUCUCAAUCUGCAAAAGCAAAUGGAGGAACUGGAUCAGCUCAUCCAUCCAGAGUAUAUAAAACGCGUUAAGAAGCUGGACAACCAGCUGAAAGAGCGACGUAGGCUGAAUGAGAUAUAUAAGGAUUACAUGCGGGAGUGCGUCGAACGGGAUUAUAUUCUGGAGAAGAAGGCCGCCCAGAAGGAAUACGACGAGAAGAUGAUGGAUCUUAAGGACAAUCUGAUAUCAGAUUUUGAGGACCGAAAGCGAUUGAUCGAAAACGAACGGUAUAGCUUGGAGCUGACCAGCGAUUCAAUGGAGAUCAAAACGACGGUGACGCGAAAGUUACGCCGACGACCGAACGAACCAAUGCCGGUGAUAGAGAAGCGUCGAAAACCAGCCACCGGGCAGCUCCUAGUCUAUCAGCUAGACGACAAGGAAAUCGAAUCUGAUCUCAAGGUUAUACAACGCGGCAAGCCCUUGGGCCCAAAUGCCAUGCAGCAGAACGGCCUUGUUUCCUACACAAAUGCCCAACAGCAGCAGUCACACAUGCUACUGGCCGACCCACCGGCCAACAGCUACGUGGAAACACGCAUCGAGGACAACAAGUUGCUCUACGAGCGACGAUGGUUCUGUCGCGGCCAGCAGGUCUACGUAGAGGGCAAGGAGCUGAGCAAAUUUGCAGCUACCAUCACGGCCAUCGGUAACGAAGUGGUUUGGGUGAAGCGCACGAACGAGAGCAAGGUCAAGCUCGCCAUGUCGCAUCUCGCCAAAGGAAAGAUAUCGAUCAAGCGUCGAUAGCCAGCAGAGUGCCAAUAACAGUUUUGGUUCUAUAGGUCGAACAAUUAGCCCCUCAGACAAGCACCACCUUCAAGUUCGUAUGCUAGAAAGCUUUUACAUACAGCUGCAGAUCGUUACUCCCAGAUAGAAUCAUCUCUGGCAGCACAGCCAAGCCCAGUCCUGUCAGUCUGUUCCUAUACCAUUUACUUACUGUGUUUAUUUGUUUGUAUCCUAGGUCGGAUCGACCGUUUUAAUCAUCAGCAGCCUAUCAUCAUUGCAUUCGAUUAAGUUGCCAUUUUCGAUUAGUAAAAUUUAUUCAAAUGUGCGCCUGGCACGUGCUUAUAUUUGAAAAACCAAAUUUUAGGUUUCUGCUGAAGGCAGAUAAGCACACAUUUUCGGUUUUAAGUAUAUCAAUUAACUAGUGGAACUGGAAGGGUACACAAACAUCGGCUUGCCGGGGUUGGCUUUCACGCAUUUCUAUGUAUUGCUCGGUGCGAACUGAGCCGUAGGUUAAUUACAAAAAUGCUUUUAGCAAGCUGUAAAUAAUAAAAAACUCUUCUUAUAAAGUAG